CUACCAUACCCUAUAUUCUCUUUUCUUUUAUUCUUGUCACUUCUACCCUACUCUUAAGCUCUUCUGAGCCCCAACAAAUCUCCAAAGAAGAAAAUGGCCAUAAAUGGAGUCCCAGUGCUAGGAUUUUUCAUCAUGACUUUACUGAUGGGUCCCCAAGAAUCACAGGCUAUCAAAGAGGACCAUGUGAUCAUCCAGGCUGAGUUCUAUCUGACCCCUGACCAAUCAGGCGAGUUUAUGUUUGACUUCGAUGGUGAUGAGAUUUUCCACGUGGAUAUGGAAAAGAAGGAGACAGUGUGGCGGCUGGAAGAAUUUGGACGCUUUGCCAGCUUUGAGGCGCAGGGCGCCUUGGCCAACAUAGCUGUGGACAAAGCUAACCUGGACAUCAUGAUAAAGCGCUCCAACCACACCCCAAACACCAAUGUACCUCCAGAGGUGACUGUGCUCUCAAACACCCCUGUGGAACUGGGAGAGCCCAACACCCUCAUCUGCUUCAUCGACAAGUUCUCCCCACCAGUGAUCAAUGUCACGUGGCUUCGAAAUGGAAACCCUGUCACCACAGGAGUGUCCGAGACAGUCUUCCUGCCCAGGGAAGACCACCUUUUCCGCAAGUUCCACUAUCUCCCCUUCCUGCCCUCAGCCAACGAUGUCUAUGACUGCAAGGUGGAGCACUGGGAGUUUGAACCACCAACCCCUCUCCCAGAGACAACUGAGAAUGUGGUGUGUGCCCUGGGCCUGGUUGUGGGUUUGGUGGGUAUUAUUGUCGGGACCAUCUUCAUCAUCAAGGGCAUGCGCAAGGCCAAUGCUGGCGAACGCCGAGGGCCUCUGUGAGGCACUGCAGGCAAUGAUGUUUCCUAGAGAGAAGAUCAAAGAAGAAAUCUGCAUCAAUAGCUUUGUAAACAUGGCAAUAUUCCAACCAUUUACCUCACUGAAGACAACCAUUCUUCUACAUUGUCCAGAUGGUUAGCUAUUCUAAGAAUAAUGAUGCCUUCCUUCUCUGUCCAGAUUCUGAUAUCUAGUUAUUCCUUGUUUGUUGUCCCUUCUUGGGUCUGUUUGCUUUCAUUUUCUACCAUCAUUUUAAUAUCACCAGGUAAUGCUUCUGGAAUAGACCACCCUCCCCAAUAGGAUCCUGUCUCUGCUAUGGAACCUUGUGAAUGUUCAAUACAGACAUCCCUUCUACACUUAUUGCUUGGGUUUCUUCAAACUGUGAUUGUGAUUUUUUUGAAAACAAUAAACUAUUUGAUGGCUC